AUGAAAUUUUUUCUAUUUUUUCUCCUUUGUUUUUCAAAGAAAAGUUUUGAGCAAAACUUGACACAAUUAUUAACUACAACAUUUAAUUCUAACAUAUCAACAACAACAAAAACAACACUAAAAACAACAACACCUCCACAAACAACAACAAAAACUUCUUUUUCUUCUUCCAACCAAACAAUACCUUUACAACUUAAAGUUGGUUUGUUGGCGGCAAAUGGAAGUUUAUAUCGGUCCCUUUAUGGCUUUGGACAAAGCACACCAGCAAUUAGUAUAGCUUUACAAAGGGCUAGGGAUGAACAUUUGAUUGAUAAUGUUAAUUUUACUUUUACAUGGAAAAUAUGUGAUUGUGAUCAAGUUUUAACUGCUGGAUAUGUUAAUGAAUUGAUCUUAAAUACAAGUGUUGAUGUUAUUAUUGGACCACCAUGUGUUACUUCUGCAAUUGUUGCUGGUUAUGCUCCCGCAUUUUACAAUAUUCCAAUAUAUCUUUGGGGUGCAACAAUGGCUUCAUCAUUAAAUGAUCAAACAGUAUAUCCAACAUUAGUUAAUAUAAAUUCAAAUACAAAAAUGCUUUCAUUAGCUAUACAAGCUGUUUUAACACAAUUUAAUUGGUUUGAAGUAUCUUUAAUUUAUGUUCCGGAUAAUGUUAGAAAACAACAAAUGGAUUCAACAUCUAAAUCAAUGAAGGAUACACUUUUACAAUUGCAGAAUCGAUCAAGAAUUGUUGUGGCUGCCUUUGAUACAUUACAAGAUAGGAGAACAUUUUUGUUAGCAUUAUAUGACCUUGGAAUUGCUAAAAGCAAUGAAUAUGUUUUUAUUAUUGGACAAUUAAGGAAUUUAGGAAUGUUACAAAGAGUAAAUUCAACACAAUAUACAAAUUUUUGGAGGGAUAUUAAUAAUCAAAGUGAUGGGCGUGAUAAUGAUGCGUUAAUGGCUAGUAGAAGAGUAAUAAUUGUUGACUUAGAAGACCAAUCUAAUGAUCAAAUAAAUGCAUUUAUGCAAAAAGUAUCAUCAAUGUUUGGAGCACCUCCAUUUAACUGUAAAGAUGAAUGUAUGGGUGCAAUUAAUGAAAGAAUACCUUGUUCAUAUGCUAUAAGUUUACACGAUGCUACUUAUGCUUACUUUUUAUCAUUAAAUAAAACAGCUGAAAAAUAUGGAUAUUUAUCAGUUAAUUUAGCAAGAAAUGGGUCUUUAAUUAAUAAUAUGAGUGAAGGGGAAUUUUCUGGACAAACUGGGCGUGUAAUUUUAGAUAAAACAGGAAAUCGUCAACCAAAUUUUUAUGUAACAAUUUUGGAUGCUUCAGAUCAACCAACUGUUAUAAUGAAUAUUUCUAUUGUUUUGGGAGUAAUUAGACCUUUAUAUAAACCAAUAUGUGGAUAUACUGGGACAGAAUGUCCACAAAAUAUAACAACAUAUAUAUUAAUUGGUGUUGGUUUGGUUUUGUUAUUGUUAGUAGCUACUUUAGGUGGAAUUGGUUAUGCUGUUCGAGAAAAAUUAAAAGAAAAGGAACGUUUAACUAGAGAAUGUUUAAUACCUUUUGGAGAAUUAAAAAAUAUAAAAGAAUUAAAAAGUAAUGAAGAUAUGAGAAGUUUAGAGGCAAAUAAAAGUUUAAAAAGUUUACAAAGUAGCCAAUCUGGCAGUACAAAAUUAACAAGUAUGGAUGAUAAAAAAUUGGAAACAGAAAAUUAUGCACAUUUUUUAUAUAAUAGAGAAGUUGCUUUUGCUAUUAAAUAUCAAGUUAGAGUUAGAAUAUUUAAUGAAGAUUUUGUGCUUUUGAGAAAGAUACGUCAAUUGGAUCAUGACAAUUUAAAUAAAUUUUGUGGACUUUGUACAGAUGCUCCAAUUCUUUAUGCAAUUUGGAAGCAUUGUCAGAGAGGGAGUUUAAAAGAUUUAAUUGCCAAAGAGCAAUAUGUCGGUGAUUCUUUUGUGAUGUUUACUUUAAUGAGGGAUAUAGCUAGUGGAUUAAUAGCUUUGCACGGGUCAUUUGUUGGAGCACAUGGAAUGCUUUCCUCAGAGAAUUGUUUAAUUAAUGAUCGUUGGCAAGUAAAGAUUAGCGAUUUUGGAUUGAAUAUGAUUAGAGAAAGUCAACCAAUGUCAAAAAGAAAAUUAUUGUGGACAGCACCAGAAUUAUUAAGAGAAAAUAAUCGAAAAGGAACAAAAGAAGGAGAUGUUUAUAGUUUUGCUAUAAUUUGUUGUGAAUUAGUUAAUAGAGAAACUGUUUGGAAUGGAGUUGAAAGAGAAGAUGAUGUUGAUGAGAUUAUUUAUCGCCUAAGACGAACAAAUACAGCAAUUCCACACAGACCUCAGCUGCAUCCAAGGGAAGAAAUUAAUCAAAAUCUCAUUCAUUUAAUACGAGACUGUUGGAGUGAAAUUCCAACAGAACGUCCAAGAAUAGAUCAAGUCAGAACAAUGUUAAAACAAAUGGUUAGGGAUGGGAGUCAAAAUUUAAUGGAUUAUGUUUUUGGAAUGUUAGAGCAAUAUGCAAGUUCUUUAGAACAAGAAGUUGAGGAAAGAACUAGAGAAUUAGUUGAAGAAAAAAGAAAAAGUGAUAUUCUUUUAUAUAGAAUGCUUCCAAAACAAGUUGCCGAUAAAUUAAAAUUGGGGGAAUUUGUUGAACCAGAACAAUUUAGUGCAGCAACAAUAUUCUUUUCUGAUGUUGUUUCAUUUACAACAUUAGCUAGUAAAUGUUCUCCUUUACAAGUUGUAAAUUUAUUGAAUGGAUUAUACACAGCAUUUGAUGGGAUUAUUGACAGUCACGAUGUUUAUAAAGUCGAAACAAUUGGAGAUGGUUAUUUAGUUUGUUCUGGAAUUCCUCGGAAAAAUGGGAAUGACCAUGCUAAAGAAAUUUCUGAACUUGCAUUUGCUUUCCUACGUACCGUCUCAACAUUUAGAGUUGACCAUUUGCCAAAUGAACGUGUUAAUUUACGUAUUGGAAUACAUACUGGACCAGCAGUCGCUGGAGUUGUUGGAUUGACAAUGCCUCGUUAUUGUUUAUUUGGAGACACUGUAAAUACAGCUAGUAGAAUGGAAUCUAAUGGAAGACCUGGACGUAUCCAUAUAUCAACCACAACUAAUCAUUAUUUAACUAACAUAAUUGGAGGAUAUGUAACAGAACCUAGAGGAGAAGUAAUUAUUAAAGGAAAAGGAGUUAUGGAAACAUUUUGGCUACUUGGACAUUCUGGGGAUUCUCAUUAUCUUGGAGCUGUACCUUCUGAUGAUAGAGGAAGCCCCGAACCUAUGUAG